AAUAUCAAUCGAUCCAGAAUCAAUCACGCUGUCCGAUGUAGGCCCAUCUAAACCCUUGUUUAUAAGCCCUACAAAUCAUUCCUCUCAACUCUCAUUCAUUCUCUUGAUCUCUUCCUUGCGACUAGGUUUCAGCACCGCAGCUUUCUCCUUCACAAGGCUAUUAAUUCAAUUUCUGGUGUGCUUGCGGCAACAAUGGAGAUGGAGAGGAGUAAAAAACACAAGACUGAGUUCCCUGUGUUGCCUGAUUGUGUUAUAUCAUAUAUCUUUUCAAAGUUAGGUUUGAAGGAUUUGGUGAAAACAAUCACAUUGUCCAAACUAUGGCUUCACGAAUGGGGAUUCAGGGUGGACCUCAACUUUGAUAUCAAUACUUUGUUUGACUAUGAUAAAUUUCCAAAAGACAUCACACUCUUUGAAUGGGUCGAAUCUGAAUUUGCCGCAAGAGUGGAUCAAUUCAUGCUGCAUUAUCAAGGUGACAUGAUCCAUUCAAUCCGACUCGUGUUUCCAUUAGGUACCAAACACACAGGUGUCAUUGAAAGGAUGAUUUCCAAAGGAAUUGCUAAGGGUGUCAAACGUCUUGAAUUGAUCUUAUCAUAUCAAGAUGAUGAUGAUGCUGAUUCUGAUUAUAUGCGCCCAUACAUAUUAUUACCCUUCGAUCUCUUAUCUGAGGCUGAUUCUCUAACGUAUCUGCACUUAAAGAGGUGCAUCCUAUUAAUAUCUAUGGACAACUUCUGUGGUUUGAAGAAUUUGAAAACUCUUGUGUUGUCUCUAGUUUCUGUGAAACAGGAUAUGAUUCAAUGUCUACUUUCCAACUGCAUCCAUCUUCUAGACUUCACCCUUGAUGACUGCAAGUUCAAGUCUGACUUAAAAAUAACCAGCCCAACAUUGUUAAAUUUCAACAUUGUUAAUUGCGGGGUUAAAAUCAAGAAGAGGAGGAAUAUCGAUAUCAUUGCAUCAAAUCUCUCAUCCUUUGAAUAUUCUUGUACCAGUACUGAAGUACACACAAUGAACAUCAAGGCUCAUAUGUUAUCCAAGUUUAGCUUCACCGGCAGCAAAUUCUAUGAAUGUGUGGGGUUUUCUGGAAUGAAAAAUGUGACAACAAUUGUGUUGGACGGUGUCCAUGAAUGUAUAUCUGGUAAAUUAGUGCCACUUCUGUUUUCUGGGUGUCUCCAACUCGAGGACGUUACCUUUAAGAACUACAACCUCAUAAGUGAACUGGUGGUUAUCAGUACAAAGUUGCGUCAUUUGAACAUAAUCAAUUGUGGCUCUCAAGAACAAUAUUCUCCUCCCAUAAGUAUCGACGCAAUCAACCUCUCAUCCUUUGAAUACAGUGGUCACACACAAAGAUUCUCUAUUAAGGCUCCAAAGUUAUUGACCAUUUUUUGGAAUGCGGCUAUCAGAGAAAGAAAUUCACAUCUCUUUGGUUCAAUUGCAAGUUUACAACAUAUUGAGAAUUUAGCUAUGACCAUUAGCCAUUCACAGAUAACAGAAUUAUCAACAGUCUUGGUUCGAUUUCAAAAUCUCAGACAAUUAGAGCUCUUUAUCGAGGGUCCAUAUGUUCGAUUUCAAAGUCCCGGAGAAUUGGACCAGCUCUUUAUCAUGGACCAAUAUAAUUUUAAUAUAGACUACUUUUGGAUUUUGGAUAUUGCAAUGGCUUGUCAGCAUCUCCAAAAACUAUCUCUUACGAUAAGAACUUCACAUCCGGAAAAUUCACAUAUGAUUGGAUUUGAGAGACAAAGAAGAGAAUAUGCAGGGUUUUCUCAUAAUUAUUUGAAAUAUGUUGAGUUACGAGGUUGUAUGUGCACCAUAAAUGUAAUUGAAUUGGCCAGUCACCUAUUGAGGAAUGUGAAUUCACUUAAACAAAUUACUUUCAGUUCUCGUGAAAAAUUCUACAGAGGUGCUGGAAGAUGGACCGAGGACUGUGAUAAUUGUUGUUGGUUGGAAGGGGGUAUUAUUCAUGACAUGCUUCAAGAUGAAGUUAAUGAACAAUGUCAGCUUAUAGUUUUUUAGUGAAUUUUGUAAUAUUACUAGUUAAUUCAUUCGUACAAACAUUGUAUAAUUUAAGUUCUUCACACUUUCAAACACAUUCUUCAUGUCAAUCAUUGUUUUUUUA